CUGCAGGAGCAACUGCAUCGCUUCAUGGCCAUGAACGAGGACCUGCGACACAAGGUGGCCGUGGUCCAGGCUCAGCUGAAGAGUGCACUGGAGCAGAAGUCGGACCUGGAGGCUGCAAUGCUGCAAACCCCGAGGGAAAUGAGCAGGAGGAGCAGAAUUGCCUGUGAGAGCCAGGGGCUACAGUCCAGCGCGGUGAGUCCAAGCCUGUGGCCGCGUUGCUGCAGGACAUUCUAACACCAACCCAACCUUCCUGGCCCCUGCUUCUCCAAGGAAGAGCUGCAGCAAAUCCUGCAGGAACGCAACGAGCUCAAGACCAACCUGUUCCUGGUGCAGGAGGAGCUGGCCUACUACCAGCGGGAGCUGCUGAAUGAAGAGAGAGUUCCCAGCUUCUUCUUGGAUGCGAUGAAGUCGACUAUCAAAAGACAGAGAAAAAAAAUCAGAGCCAAAAUGCUGGGAACGACAGAAGAAUCGGCGAGCAG